UCACGUGAUUUUUGUGGUGAAAAAUCAAAACUCGCACAUCCAAACACUGGAAUAUCUUUGUGAUAAAAAUACCAAAUAAAUCCUGAUAUUUCUUCUAGUAAAAUCGUCGUUUAAUACAUUUCUGAUAUCAGAUCUGUUGUACUUGGAAUAAAAAGGAGGAGAUCUACCAUUAUUUUGCUUAUACACAAUGUUGUAUAAUGUUGGUUGAGUGUUUACAGCGAGGACAACUCAAAGUUAUUCAACUCGUGUGAGAAGUUCUCUGAGUCAAGGGGAUUGUGAAGUUAAUAUUUAAAGACAACAAUGGAUCCAUUGAAAGCCAAAGCUAAUUAUUCCAGGGUAUGUCAUUUGUUGGUAGAUAAAGGUGGAGAUGUUUUGAGAAAUGCUUUGCAUGCGGUGCAUCCACCUUCCACCUUAGCUUCCGUAUUGAAUGCAAACAAGAAGACCUUACAGAGAAUACGAUACAGUGUAAUUAAGGCCUCGCAAUGGGAUCUACUCUUCCCAAGAUCUGGUACACCAGAUUCAAAAAACUUUGAUAUUACCCUAUUGACUGUCCUACUCCGAAAUAUUUGUGGAUUGUCCGCACCAGCCACCGGAUGGAAUGUGAUGCCUCCAGUCAGCGAUACUUCUAUAUCUGCAAAUAUUUUAAGAGUCAAAAUGUUUAGAAAUGAAGUCUAUGGUCAUAUUCCGACUGCUGGUUUGGACGACGUAACGUUUGAAACAUUGUGGCAAGAAAUUUCUGUUCCGUUAGUCAGCUUGGGAAUUCCUCAAAAUGAUAUUGAUGAAUUAAAGGUGGCUCCUCUUAGCCCUGAAGAAGAAAGUUAUAUUGAAAGAUUGAAAGAGUGGAAACAACAAGAGGAUGAUUUUAUGUUAAAAUUAAACGAUGUUGAAAGUGAAGUAGUCAAACUAAGAAAGACAGUUGAAAAUGUUCAUCCCUCGCAUGUCGAGCAACUGGCUAAAUUUAACUUCACUGGAAAGAUUCGUGACCUUUGUAGAAAAUUUCAAGAUGGCACCAGAAAGUGGUUGUUUGAUAAACUUUCAAAUUGGUUUGGGAGUCAAGAAUCCAGGGUCUUGAUCGUAACUGCAGGUCCAGGUGUUGGAAAAAGUGUUUUGUCUGCAAAGCUUUGCGAGCUUUUUAGAGAACGUGGUCAACUCGCAGCCCACCAUUUCUGUGACUUUCGAAAUUCUGAUUCCAACAAUCCUCAGAGAAUCCUCCAGUCUCUUGCCAGUCAAAUGUGUGAUAAUGUUGAAGGAUUUCGUGAUAAACUAACUGAAAUUCUUCGUCGUGAACAUUCUCGUGACUCGCUGUCAGACGCAUUUCGUGUUCUUUUGAACGACCCCCUCCAUGCCCUUGACAGACACGAUCCAAUGUUGAUCAUCGUUGAUGCUUUGGACGAGAGCAAAACUGACGAGAAAAGCGAAUUUUUGGAGUUGAUAUCCGAGAAGUUUUGUGAACUGCCAGAUUGGAUUAAGAUAUUCAUUUCAAGUCGACCAGAGCUACAAGUACGAAAGAUUCUUGAACAUCUUCACCCGUGGGAAAUCCGUCCUGAUGACAAAGAUCACAACCACGACAUAGAUCUUUUCGUUCGUCAUAGUUUGCCUAAUCUUGAUGAUAAUAAUAUAAGUCAGAGACUUGAGUGAAAUGAAUAACAAGGAAGGUUUAGGUCAUUGAUUUACCUGAUCUAAAGUAGCUGGAAUGAGUGAGGAAUCAUGGAUAUCUUUCUCUAGUUUCCUGUUUUGUCAGGCACACUUUUAUCAGAAGUUUUUAGCAUUCUAUUUUUAUAUUCUAAAGCAAUUUUUUGAAGCUCCUCUGGAAGAUGAAGUACAUAAACCUUUUGGAAAAGGAGAAAGAAGACUGUGGCGAAGCACAAUUUCUUGGUGUAGUCGGGCUAUAAUCAGAUCUUAUUUUUUUCCUAUAUCAAAAUCAUAUUUUUUUAUGUCACCAGAUACAAAAGACGAUGUUUCUUUCGAUCAAAAUUUAGAAGAAAGCAAAGUAUUCUCUAAUUUUUGCUGUAGAAAACCUGACUAGCCUCGUUUUUGUGUAUCUCGCAAUAGGCCUCUUGCUCUACUUCGAAUAGGUCCAUGUAUAGUGAUGUGAGCCGGCGUCAUGAUGUAAGGGGCGGAUUGCAUGGGCGAGGCUGGCACGUUCCCUAUAGUUAUUAUAGUCAAUGCAAACGUUUCUGUUAUGUGCAACCGCAUAUGGGCGUGGCGAUUGGGGAGGGGGUUGGUGUGAGGGGUGUGACACCCCCUGAUAAUUCAGCAUGAUGAGAAAGUUGGUCAAAUUGCUUUGUUACUUGUAAGCAAAUUGAUCAAAUGUACAACGGCAACAUUUGUUUUAGUAUUUAUGAAUAUUUAAGGCUCGUGUUAUACUCGUUGACCAAUCUCCUACACCCAGGUCAUACACAAAUUUUCAUUUUCCAUUAUCAAAAGUAGGCCAAUAUUACGUGACAUCCCUUCCAAUCUUAGCUCGUUUGCCACGCCCCUGGUAAGUUGCCGGGGUAGAAGUUUGCAUGUAAUCGUUUUAGGCGCGCAAAUUAAACUGGCCUAAAAGCACAAGAAUGAAUAUAAUACUUUAAAACCCAGGAAGGAUUGAAAUUAUUAAGACAUUUACACAAUUGAUUUCAAAAAAUGUUCGCCAAACCACGGCAUACUGAAGUCACUCAAGUGAUCGUUUGCUGGGCAGACGUGCUAUCCCGGUCCAUGCAAUCAGCCCCUAAAUGGUAUGAUUAAAUGUUGAUUUUUGAAUAUCAGCGAUGCAUGCAAUGAUUUCGCGGUGAUAGUUUCCUAUUUCUCGAAUAUAUUAUUUAUAUUAUUGUAUAACCGUGAAGUUACAAGAUAAAAGUAUUUGUCAUGCACAUGCACGAUAUAAUUUACCACGUAUGUUUUUCUAUACUCUAUAUAAAUACAGUAUAUAAACAUUUUUAAAUAUUUUAUCUCUAUGCUUAAAGCAAAUAAUAGUUAAGUAAAUUAGCUUGUAGGUACUCCACGUAGGUAAGUAUUGUAGUUGCUUGUAGUUUAAAUAUGACUCGAUACUGUCGUUGUAACGGGAAUGGACGUUGUAGACAAAGAAUGUGUUUGUAGAACGAUCCAGUUAGCAUUAAUUGUAAGCCUUGAAAGAACAAACGAAUUGAAAAUAAAAAAGCAGCUCGUCA